AUGGCUAGUUUUCCGGUGUGCUUCACUUUAACAUGCGACUUACUCUCAGCAGGCUUACAUCGUAGUGAUCGUGGCUAUCAGUUCCAGCAUGACAAUACAAUUUUAGCGGACAAAUCACUCCUUAUCUAUGCCCAAAGAAACCAUCCAGUCAUGGGAAAUGUCCAUGCACUCAGCAGUCAAGGGGUUAAGUUGGGCCUUGGGGAAACGGUGCUCGAAAUCUGGGAUUCUGUAAUCGUCCUAAAAACUGCUGCGAAUGUCAUUCUUGUAGAGGUCGCUCUCCAGCUGCCUCAAGAAUCGUCCCUGUCUGAAGUCAGAUCUGAUGCUCAAGACGAAUGCAGGCUCCAAGAAUCUGCUGAAGAGAUUAUGAGAUUCUUUGAUGUUGAAAGACUCGUUGACACUUUCAAGACUGAAGACGACAAGUAUGAAAGAUUCAAAGAUAUACUCGACACUCAUAGCAAUGGACAACGUGAUUUUCCCGCGGUGGUAGCUCAUGUGGAAAGUCUUUUUGGAGGUACUCCCCAUCUGACUCUGGGAUUUGAAAGAGUUCUACAUGGAGUUGCUCUUCUUUCAAGCAUACUGAGUGCCGAGAAGCUAUUUUCUGUAAACGUCAUAGAUGCGCUUACUUAUGUAAGAAGCGUCAUAAGGGAAAAAGCAAUGUACCGCAUGUUUCUGGAGCUUUUGAAAGAUUACAACACUGGACAGAUUGAUGUCACAAAUCUCAUCUCACAAGUUAAAGUUAUACUUGAUGGUCAUCCAAACCUUAUUGCGGACUUCCACAAGUGUCUUCCAGGAAUACCUCAUCUCUCCGACUUGCUGAAAGACAAUUAA